CUGGCUUUUGUAGAUACAGAAGCGGAAGCCAUCAAACUCAGGUUCUUCUAGCUUCUCUAACCUCUCGGUCUCUCCUCUCUCUUCUCCCUCUCUCUGUCACCUUGUCAUCUAAAAUCUUGCUAACCCUAACACCACUGCCUCAAACGUUUCUCUUCCACCUGACGUGAAGCUAGAGCAUAACCGAGAGAAAAAACAAGGGAAAAUACUUGAAGCUCUGAGGACACAUCUAUUCCAUGCGCGUUCAAAUCGAGUAUUCCUUUUGAUUGCUUGCUUGGCAUAGUUAUUUUCAAUAUCAUAUCUCGAAUAGGAUUAUGAGUGACUUCACCAAUAAGAUGAAGAACUAAUUGAUGAAUAAGAUUAGGGCAUAUCUUCAUUAUUGAUAUUCUGAGUCCAGAAGAUAGGGUUUGCGAUGGUUUGGUGGACGGGGCCUGCUCGUUUCUCCCGUGUACUAUUAUUGGGCCGGCUUCCUUCUUGCUGCUCGGGCUUGCAAACGAUCCAGCCUAUCAUUCAGGCUAUACUUCGGCCGAAGCCGCUGGUAGACCGACCUAGGAGCCUUUCGAUCUCAAGGCCUGAUCUCCUUUUGUGGGCCCGACUCAAUCUAAUACUGCUGGUGAAAAAUACGCAAGAUUCAAGGAUGCCACCAUCAGGGGAAAUUGCAAACUCCAAGCCACGCAAAAAGAAAUCCUCAACCUCUAGAGUUUCCUUCAUCCCAUUACAAGGUAAUAACAUCCAGCAGGCACAGGGCCCGCUGAGAACAAGCCAGAAGGUAUCCAAAAGGAGCUUGAAGAACAAGGGCUCUCCACUGAUUCAGCAACAGGAAAGAUCAAAUUCAGAUUCAUUGCCUGACUCAUCUACAUCAGAAAAUGAAUAUCGUGCGCUCAGACGGAAGUAUUUGCUGUUGGAGGAAGAAAGCUUUGGUCUGGGGAGAGAAUUGAAAACGGUGGAAGAGGACGUUAAGACACUUGAAGAUGAGAAACUUGCAUUGUUAGACCAACUGGUUGUGUUAGAAGGUCUACUUGAUCCUUCAGAAGUGCAUUGUCAUGAGUUUGUAUCACUGUGAUUCAUUAUAUCUGCCCCUGGCUGUUGGUGACUAUUGAUUGGUGCACUUGCAAGUUAUAUGGUUGCAUGGCAUACUUCAAUGAAGUUACAUUAUGUAAUUAAUCGCUAGCUCUGAAAGGUUGAACAAGAUGACGUAAUUUCUCCCGUUUCUAUUCUUUUAACAGUAAAAACGUAAGGAAUUGUUUAAACAUGUUA